UUGUUUUGAUUGACACCAGUAGUCGAGCUUCAACUUUUGUUUUCGCCUCGGUCGUCGUGAACAUGUAUUGAACUUACUAAAGAACGAUGUCUGAAGUACUGAUGACAGCAACAGACGAAAUAUCACCGUGUCCACUAAAAGCAGAACCGCGUCUUGAUGGUGCACGGAGCUUCCUGUUGGUGGAUGACCAGGAAAACCUGCAGGUCCACAAUGAGGCAGAUUUUGUUGAGAGGCUCAACUGUUCAGAUGUGGGAGGUGUCAAAGUCCUGUCUAUCUUUGGAAACACAGGGGAUGGCAAGUCACACACCCUGAACCACAUUUUAUUCAAUGGCGAGAGUGUGUUUUUUACCUCCAAGUCCUCCAGCUCCUGUACGGUGGGUGUAUGGGCUGCUUACGACCCCUCCCUCAGUUUGGUUGCCCUGGAUACCGAGGGCUUGUUAGGGGCAGCUGCCAAUCAAAACCAAAGAAUGAGGCUUCUGCUAAAGGUCUUGGCAGUGUCAGAUAUAGUUAUCUAUCGAACGCGAGCCGAGCGUCUGCACAACGACAUGUUCCAGUUCCUAAGCAGUGCAUCGGCGGCCUAUCUGAAACACUUCACCCCUGAGCUUAGAGCCCUGUCAAGUCGUUGCGGUCUGGAUGUGCCCCUCUCGUGCCUUGGUCCUUCGGUCAUUGUUUUUCAGGAGACGACUCACACACAGCUGCUGGGCCAUGAUUCAAAGGUGGCUGGCCAUGCUGACAUGCAGUUGCAGAGGCGGUUUCAUGACCUGGGCUUGGCAACUGAUGCCUUCAGCUCUGUACAGUACAUUGGCACCCAAACCAUCACACCUCCGACUGAUUACACCGGAUUGCUGGAGGCUCUUAGACAGCAAGUGCAAAACACUCACACACGUUCGCCCCGCCACCCUAGCAUUGUGUUUCACGCUUUUGAGGCUCUCAGUGAACGAUUUUGUGGUGACCUGUCAGAUGACAAGCUGAAUCUGUACACCUUCUUCCCCGACGAGUAUUUCACCUGCUCUGCUGUUUGCCUCAGUUGCAAUAUUCGCUGCAAAAAUGGAAUGAACCACUUGCGAGACAGGGUUCCCCACAUGGCAGAUGGACUUUGCCAGUAUGCACACCAGUACAACAACAAAGUCCUUAUCUGUAAGAGGUGCUACGAAGGUGGCAGAGAGGUGACAGUUAUGCCUAAAACCUCAGCGUCGUCUGACAACCCGUGGUUUGGUCUUGCCAAGUUUGCCUGGUCGGGCUAUGUGCUAGAGUGUGCCAGCUGUGGCGUCAUUUACCGCAGCAGACAGUACUGGGUAGGAAACCAGGACCCCGAGAGCAGUGUGGUGCGUUCAGAGGUCAAACACGUUUGGGAGGGGUCAGACACCUUCCUCAGCAACCACCAGAAUGCGGCCCAGAGAGUCCUGGAUGGGAUGAACUACGUGAUCCAGUCAGUGUCCGAGUACAGCACCGGCCCCACUAAAGCUGUCACUGCUUGGCUGACGGACCAGGUGGCGCCACCAUACUGGAGACCCAACACAGAGAUUACGGCUUGUCAUGGUUGUCACAAAGCAUUUGAGGAGGCGGAGCGCAAGCACCACUGUCGGUCGUGCGGCGAGGGUUUCUGCCACCUUUGUUCCAGCCAUCGCAUGCCGGUGCCCGAGAGGGGCUGGGGAAGCAGCCCCGUCAGGGUGUGUUUGGCCUGCUAUCGUCAGGGAGGACCACUGGAAACCAACAAUCAGGUGUACAAAGCAGAGCCUCGUGGUCUUAUUGCUCGCAGGGUUGCUGAGGUGGCUCAGUCCACUUUGGACAUUGUCAGCACUGCUGUGGACUAUCCACUCUGUUUUGUGAAGGACGUGGCUCGGCCAGACUACUGGGUGCCCGACCAGGAUAUCAGCCAGUGUCACCAGUGCUCCAAAGUCUUUACUCCAGUCAUGUCCAAGCAUCAUUGCAGAGCUUGUGGUCAGGGCGUGUGCGGUGCCUGCUCCACACACAUGAAACCUGUACCCUCAAGAGGGUGGGACCACCCAGUGCGAGUGUGUGACAACUGCAACGCCAGCACCAAUAUUCUCUAAGUGUGACUCUUGAAUCUCAGAUCAUACUAUGUGACAAAAUAUUUCUCGAAAGAAUGCGAGAUAUCAACCGCCGGACGAAGAUCCGUGUUUUUAUCAAUUCUGCCUUCACCGAGUGAUUUUGCUUCAAAAAAUGGUGAAAAUGAUCGGAGAUCAGCAGUCUUCACUGCAAGUUUCAGCUGUUGUCGCUUUUAAAAUAUGACGACAGCAACGUGAAGCCCUGCGCCACGUGACUUGUGAAGGAAAUAGGGAGAACAUAUGGAGCAGUGGUAAUGUUUUUCCAGACCAGGAAGUAACUUUAAAGACCUUCACAUUUCUUCUUGCGUGCCUCCAAAUCACUGCAGUGGUUGUACGUCAGUUCAUUAAACAUGCCUGAUGUGAAUAUCCUUGAAAUUACAUUGAUGGAUGGAGGUAAACCGUUUCAGGCGCCUUUAGAGAAAAUUCCACGACAAACCUUGUCAGUGUGCGUGUCUGCAACAACUGCUUGGUAUCAAGCUAUGCACAAGGAUGUGAUGCCAUUAAGAGUAUAAGUAAUUCCAAAUUAACAUAUCACAACCACAGAAUGGAAAGAUAAAGGUAGCAUUUAUUGAUAGACAUUCCAAUGUGUGAAAUAGCUUGAGAAAGUGGUCUCUCUCACUUAUUAGGUUAUUGUGAUGCUUAAAAUGACUCAAAUCACGUAUGAUGGGGAGGACACAGCCUAUCAUAAAUUUGUGUCGGGCGUUCCACUUUCUUUUAAAUAAAUUGUCCUACAAACAGUGGCAUGUGUUUUAACGCCUACGGUUUUUUCCCUUCAGCUCUCAGUCUCUCAUAACAGAGUGACUCUUCGUGAAAGUCCUGUAUUAGUCGUGUUAUCUUCAGAAAAGUAAUUUCCUGUCUUUUCAGAGGUGCCGCCACAUCUGAUGUGGAAGACUACUUUGCUGUAGCAGCAGCAGCAGCCAACACGCAAUGCCCAGGAUGUGCACAGGGGAGCGCUACAAGAAUGGAAAAGUGCUCACUGUCGUGUCGAGAAUUGCGUACUGCCAGUUAAAAAAAAAAAGUUUGCCAAAAAAAUAAGCAAUCUUGAAAAUGGCAUUUUUGUCAGUUAAAUGUUUACGGCGUCAAACUAAAAGGAACGGACAAAACCCAUACAUAGACUUCAGUAUCACUGAUAAUGAAAUCUAUGACCCGUUACAAAUUAC